AUGUGGUGGCCAGGCCUCGAUAAAGAUAUUGAAGCCACAGUGAGACGUUGUCAUCAGUGUGCAGCCAUUGCAGCCCAGGAGUCCCCGGUUCCACUUCAUCAAUGGGAGCCGCCAGAGAAACCGUGGUUUCGGCUACACGCGGACUUCGCAGAGUUGCAUGGGAAACAUUACCUCAUAAUAAUUGACGCAUUCAGUAAGUGGCCAGAGGUGGUGCCUAUGCCAGCAACUACAGCGACAAAGACAAUGGAUGCCAUGAAAGACAUUUUCGUGCAGCAUGGGCUUCCACAGGUUCUGGUGACAGAUAAUGGACCUCCCUUCACCAGUCAGCAGUUUACGACCUUCCUUGCGGAACUUGGAGUUCAUCACGUUCGUACGCCUCCAUAUCAUCCGAAGUCUAACGGACAAGCUGAAAACUUCGUACGAACGUUUAAAACAGCGCUAUCUCGCUCCGCUAUGGAGGGGAGAGAAAAUAUCAGAGAGUUCCUGUUCAAAUACCGUGUAACGCCACAUGCAUCUACAGGUCGUCCACCGUGCGAGCGGCUCAACAGCAGGCACUAUCGGUCUGUGUUGGACCUUGUUAGACCUUCUGAUUUUUCUCCGAUUCCUACGUCAACGGAUGCGGGUGCCCGAGAGCGACAAAGGCGUUGUCAUGAUAAACGGGCACGGGACCGAUCUUUCGGAAAAGACGCAUGCGUGUGGAUGCUUGACCCGCAGAGGAAAGGUCACUGGAAAACCGGAAAAAUUAUGGAAAAAGAAGGGAGAGUGAUCUUCCAUGUGCGAGAUGCUGAUGGGAAGAUUCAUCGAGUACAUAAGGACCAUCUUAAGCUCAGGGAAUCUUUGGAAUCGUGGGAAAGCGGAUUUUCGAAGACAACGGCAGAUCAAGAUCUUGUGCUCGAGGGACCGGAAUUUCCUUUACCGUUCCCCGAAGUGGAGGACCCACCAUUGAGUGACGGAAAUCGUCAUACGUCCUUAAGUGUUCAACCACCGAGGGAUGGACAGGCUGUCGCACCUUCAAGUGAAGCGGCUCCAACGGGCGACAAUACACGCCGAUACCCCUUGAGGAUCCGUCGUUCAGUAGAUCGCUAUGGCUCUACUUAUUAA